CCUACCCCAUAAGAAAAAGGGCGUGAAAUGUCAGGGCGUUUCGUUCGUCCUAUAUAAUAACAAUUGGUUAUAAAGGAUAAUACAACAUAUAUGCUAGUAUCCACGUUGCUGACAGUGCUAUAUGGCUUUGCUUCCACUCUGCCAAAGCAGCCAGAGAGCAAGAUGCUAUUUUAUGGCGCCAUGGCGGCUACAGCUACGUGCCACAGUGGGACCGGGUGCUUCUUGAUUUAUGGAGCUUUUUGGAAGAAGCCCCGCUGGAUGUGGCCGUGGAUUGUUCUGUCCUGGUCGUGGAGUGUACUCAUGCUGAUAGCAGCCAUCGCUGGCUUUGCUCUGUUGCACUAUAACGACGUAAACGUUGAUGAUGACGUCAACUACGUCAUAUCUGCAUACAUACUUUUUUCUGCUGUAAUGUACUACCUAGCAUCAAUAGUGAAUAGUCGUCGACGAGAGUUAAUGCAAGGACAGAUGUUUUCCGCUGUGAAGACCUGGAACCGCCCGGCGACAGCUUGGAGCUACACACGAGCGUACAGCACCUGGAGAUAUGUAUAGAAACUAUAUAGGAACUGGAGGAAUACACUCAAGAAGUCGAAUAAAACAUUAUACAAGGAAACGGGAAACCUCCUUCGUCGUUAACUACAUUUAUAGCGGUAGUGCAAACUUGGUAUUGGUUUGUACAAAAACUGCUGCAGUGAGUGGCGUGUGUUUCGCCUUAAUCGUCAUACCCCGCAUAAGUGUAGCAAAAUGUUGUUUUAUAUAGUAGUAUCAACUGAAAAAGUCGCUGAUCAGCUGUGCAUCAUAUACGAAUGUACCUACAUAUUUAGUUAAGCAGCUUGAUUUUGGAUGCCUCUCCCGAUCGGAAACUGCGUCAUUUCCGAAUCGAGGCGUAUAAUAUCGCGUUUGGGCUGGAAAAAUUUUUAAAUAAUAGGGCAUAAGAACGAAAUUGCUAUUCUGUAUAGGAAAAAUUCUACUAAUGAAAAAAAUAAAAUGAAAUAAAAUGCAUUUAUUUCGGACUACAAUAAGAUCCAUAAAAAAUGUUAGUAUUACAGCAAAGACUUAAAUGACUAUGUUAGUAAUAGAACUUAAAUGAAGAGAGGACCAGUGCCUUAGCAUUCCACUGUCCCAUCUGUGUGCAACAACUGUCAAGAGUUUGUGGCAGCUGUCGCGCACCCUACCCAUUGUCGCGGCGCAGCGCUUGCGCAACGUCGCUUCGACGCCGUCAACACUCGCAUCCGCGGACAUCCCGGACGCACUACAGUGUCGCGGCAGCCGCAAAAGAACCCUAAACGCGUCGUUGUACUGUACACGCAUUGCAUUUAGGGACUUUUGUGUGUACCUGCACCAUAAACUACAGGUGUACAGCGAUGUGCAGUAAGCAUUAAAUAAAGUUACUUUUACCUGUGCCGUACAUCGACUGAAGCUACGCGCUAUCAUAUUAGCUCUCAUUGAUACUGCUCUACGUUCCCUCUCAAUAAUACUAAUAAUCUCAAAAAAAACCGACUACAAAAGUCAUUCAUCCCCUAGUUUGCCACCCUUAGAGAUGGAAUAUUUUCUUCAAAUAUUAAAUGGGACUA